GCCUAACAAUACCUAACCUCAUAAAAAGCAUUGACCAUGAUGUCAAGCGUUCCACGGCUUAAUUAUUCCGUAGAAAAUGAAACCGCUGAGAUUGCUACCAAGACCUUUGCUCUAAUUUUACAAAAGGCGUACGAGCAGUAUCGAAAAUUAUGGAAUAAAUAUCUGGAUUUAGUUAAGACAUAUGGAGUUGAUAGUUCUAUACACAAAGAAGUUCUACAAGCAUGGAAGGAAGAUAAUGUUUUAGAAUCUAUAUAUGCAUCUGCUGAAGAUGCUGAAUUUUUAACAAAAUCCAAAUACCAACAAAAUUUAUCAAGUGAAGAAGAAAUAAUUAAUGAUAAAAAAAAAAAUGAAAGCUUUAUGAAAGAAAAUGAAGAUAUUUUAGAAAAAUCCUUAUUUGACAGGGAUAUAGAUAUCGAUGACACUAUAUAUCAAUCUCCUUGUAAAAAAUCAACAAAUCUUAUUUUACCUGAAAGCCCAACAUUUAUGCAAAAAGAUAAAAAAUCUGUUAUGAUUUCCGAAAGUGAAGUUUCUAUAGACAGUGAUAAUACAACUAUUCCGUGUACAGUGGACACUGAUAACAAAUCGGAUUAUAAUAAACAAAAUAUUGGCAAAAAUACAUCUGAACAAUAUUUAAAGAAUGUAUCUUUUGAUAAUUUUUCUCCUUUUGUUGUCUGUAAUACUCCUGAAGUUAAUAAUAAACGUAAUAAGAAGAGGAGAAAAAGAUUAUUUAAGAAAGCUUAUCAAGAUAAACAACAAUUGAAUGAUGAUUCAGAUAGUCCUGAAAAGAAGCAAAUGAAAGAUAAAAAGCUACCUUUGCGAAGAUUAGACAAUAUUAUUUCUCCAUUAAAAAUUAAUUUAAUUCAUGAUGAUAAUCAAAUAAAUAAUAAAAUUGACAAUAGCAAAUCUAAAAGUCCUAUAUAUUAUAAAUGUCAUAUAAGAUCAGAUGAUAAAAAAUUAAGACAAACAACACUUCCAUUUUAUACUGUUAAAAAAGAGGUAUAUAAUAGUACUCUAACAUCUACUGACGAAGACAUAACAAUAAAUAAAUCUAAAAAAUUUCUAUUUAAUUGUGAAUCUUCCACAGAAAAUAUAAUGCAAAAUAAAGCUAUAAGUAAGAAAAAAAUUGAUAUUAUAAAUUCAAAUGAUGUUAAUGAUAAAAAUGAGAUGAUAUAUGAAGACGUAAUACAAAGUAGUCCAAAUUACAAACAUGUACAAUUUCGAAAUAAAAAUCGGAUAAAGUUAAAACGAAAACAUAAAAAAACUGAUCAAAUAGAAGUAACUGGCUUAUCCUCUAAUAAUUCUAUGAUAAUGCAAAAUAAAGUACAUUCAAGCAAAAAUCAAAAUAUUGCUAUUGAUGAAAAUAGUUCCUUAUCUCCAGAUAUAAUUACUGAUAAUGCCAAGAAAAAGUGUCUGACAUUUUAUCAAGAUAUUCAAUUGGAACAAAAACUUACUAAAAAAAAUAAUUCGGAGGAAAUUGCAUUUACAAAACAGGCGGAAUUAAAUCCACUUCAAUAUAUAUAUGAAGAUGAAACAUAUUUUGAAGAAAAAACUCAGAAAGAAAAUAAUAUUAAUGUAAAUAAAGUAAUAAAUAAAAAUUUAUUUAGGUUUGAAAAUAUGGAAAAAGAAGCUAUUAAAUAUAUUCAUACAGAUAAAUCAGCUAAAAAAGAUGGUGAAAUAAAAAAUCAAAAAUGUUGGAGCUGUUGGGAAUGUGCUGAGUAUUAUAAAAAUAAACCUGGUAUUUCUGACACGCAAGUACAAAUAUGGAAAAAUAAAUGUUCACGUCACAAAAAUGUGUAUUAUGCCAGAGAAGCAACACCACCAGGUUUUUGGGAUCCUUUAUUCCCUGAUACUGCAUCAGAUAACACACAACAAAAAUAAUAAAAAAUUAUAAAAUUAUAACUAUAUAUAUUUUGUAGAGAAAAUAAUACGGAGAAACACCAUUACAUAUAUUUGUAAAUAUUAGAAACUCUAAGUUACGAUUUUUUCAUUCUGAAUAUUUAUUUGUUCAUUUGAAUAAAAUACAGUUACAUAAGA